AUAUAUAUAUAAAAAAUUGAAAUCUCGGUGGCACAUUGAGAACAGAAAUCCUGGGUCCGCUCCGUGCCAGAGCAGCAGAGCAGAUGGACCAGGUAUCCAACCAGUCAGGCGUGGGCAGUGGUGACGUUACAGAUGAGACAACAUCCCUGGCUGAUGAGAGGUUGAGCUCUGAUGAAGGAGAGAGCUCUGAUCCUCAGGGACAGUGUCUAGCAGCGCCUCAGACUCCUCUGGUCACCUACAAACAGAGGUGGGACGAGGUUAAGAAGCUGUUCAAAGAGCUGCCGGAGUCGGAGAGACUCAUAGUGGACUACCCAUGUGCCCUCCAGCGGGACAUCCUCCUUCAGGGACGCCUCUACCUCUCAGAGAACUGGCUCUGUUUCUACAGCAAUGUGUUUUGGGGAACGAAGAUCACACUGAAGCUGAGAGACAUCGUGACUAUGACCAGAGAGAAAACAGCUCGGCUGAUUCCCAAUGCCAUCCAGAUCAGCAUGAGCACAGAGAAGUUCUUCUUCACCUCCUUCUCUGCGAGGGAGAAAAGCUACCGAAGUGUUUUCCACAUGUGGCAAAACACACUGUUGAACCGGACUCUGACCUGCUUGGAGUUUUUGCAGAUGGUUAAACAGCAUUAUGGGCAUGACCUGGGCCUGAACCAUGAAGACAUGGAGAGCUUACAGAUAUCAACAGAAUCAAGCAUGCACACCAGCCCGGCUGUGAGGCCUGGUGGUGAUGAUGGUCUAGGGAAGCUGGAGCGGACCCCCUCCCUUCGCCUGCCUGUGGUGGAGCAUGGGCCUUUAGAGUCCUCCACGCCUGUUGGGGAAGACCUGCCCUCCCCUCUCGGCUCACAGAGCUCGGCCAAUGCGGAUAAUUCUCGCAACACCCCGUCAAUGCGGCGCAGUCCUGUCCCGUCGCUGGACCGCGCCGCUUCGGAACGGGUUUCCAAGCGCUCCUCGCUUUUUCUUGACCUCAACGCCAAUGAGAACGGCGUUUCCGAGCAGAGCGGUUCAGACAGCAUGGAAGAAGUGGAGGAGCAAAUGGGACAGUCCCAGAUGCAGGGUCGACUCUAUUUAAACAGAGUCUUCCACGUCAGCGCCGGCAAAAUGUUCGAGCUGCUCUUCAGCGACUCCAGCUUCAUCCGCAGGUUUAUGAACGUCAGGAAGAUAACCAAUGCCAGCUUUAAUGCCUGGCAAAAGGAUGCCUCCGGAAACAGGAAGCGGAGUCUGAACUACACAAUAACCAUCAGCAACCCUCUGAUUGGCAAGUUCUCCACCGCUACAGAGAACCAGACGCUGUACAAAGAGUCCAGGGAGGGUCAGUAUUACCACGUGGAGUCUGAGGUGUACACUCAUGACGUUCCCUAUCACGAUUACUUCUACACUCAAAACCGAUACUACAUCAUAAGUAGCUCGAAGCGGAAAUGUCGACUAAGGGUCUACACUGAUGUGAAGUACAAGAAGCAGCCAUGGGGACUGGUCAAGUCCUUUAUCACUAAAAACUCCUGGAGCGGCAUACAGGAUUAUUUCAGACAGCUGGAAACAGAACUGCUGGAGGAGGAAGCAGAGAUGAACCAAGGAGGCGGUGAUUCUGGGAAGAUGGGUGGACUUCGGAGGAGGAGGCGGACUUACAGCCGGACUCUGCCAGAGCACAUGAAACCCAACAAGCAGUAUGGGCAAGACCCAGAACAACACAGGGAUGGCACCUUGGGCCCCAUGGAAAUGAAAGGCCCGCACAGAUGGAACACCACCACGAUAGUACUUGGGAUGAGUCUGAUUUUGCUGAUUCUGACCAUGCUGAAUCUGGGCCUGUUUUUCAAGUUGUGGGCCAUGGAGGAUGUAGCCCACCGCAUGUACCUGAGCACGAAGCAUCGGCUGAGGGAGAGGAGCGAGGCCAGUUUGGUCCCUGAAUAUGGUCCCAGACAGGGACCUGGGUUCAAGACCAGAGAGGAGAUGCUCCUACUGAAAACUGUACUGCAGGACUCCAUCAACCUAUUAGAAAAGCUCCGCAGUUCUCUCAUGGUGCUGCAACAAAACUUUGCUAUGGCCAACCGAACGGCAGCGCCGCAGUGAUGCUGCACACCUGGCGACUACACGACGCCUCGCUUCGGCCCUAUAGCGCAAAGAAAGAACCGUAGCACUCAAUUUCCUCUGAGGAAGUCUCUGGUAUCCAGUGAUGUUGCCAUGUAGACAUCCCCAGACCCCCUGACAUGCCAUGUGUAGCCAGGGGUUACACAUCCCAAAGCCUUUGGUGGGGCAGCAGGUGCCAGGAUGUUUUUAAAGCUGCGGACCGACUUGCUGGGAGGACAGAGUUACAUCAGAGUCGGCCGCAGACGCAGCAGUGGGUUUAGAUUUCUGUAGGGUGCUAUUGUCAGUUCCCAUUGCUGCUUUGUUUGCACUCUCUUCCUUAAACAGUGGCAUUGGAUUUGAGAAAACUCUUUCCUCAUGUGCCUUACUAUAUUCUGAUGAACCUUGUGCCACAUCAGGUGAACUACUGUAAAUAGUUCUUGCUUCUGUUUUAUCCUCGGGAAGUGAAUCAAUAUUAUUUAAGAACAAUUUCCUCUAUUUGAAUUUUGCACAUUUUUAAUUUUUGCACAUGUGCCUUAUAGAUUAGGCUGUGUUUUAGUUAUCCUUUUUAGAUUUUUAUCUUUUCCAAUAAAAAAACUGUAGAAUCAGUAACUCAAAUUUAUUAAGGUUUGUCUUCUCUUUUGUAAUCAUGGUCAUUUUUUUUUUCUAUAUGUUAACUGCAAUGUACAUUAGAUUGCAAAUAGAAAAAUAACCAUUGAAUUUUAAAAAUACUGUAUAUGAGCCAAAUCCGGUGUACAGAAAAUACUGCUGAUUGUGUGUCACAUAUUUAAUGCAUAUUUUAUUCACUAACUUAUAGCCACGUUCUGGACCAAUUUGAAGGGAGCGCUAUGUAAACUAUGCAGUACAAACAAUGAUGACAUGCCUAAUUUAUCCCUAUCUUCUGUACAUGCGUAAUCACACUUGUUUGUAUUGUUCUAUUUUUCUUCUUCCUCUUUCUAUUCACUGCUCGUAGGGUCAGUGGGACAAUCUCAGGUUAUCUCGGUACUGUGCAUUCACUCUGUAAACACCAGACACAUUUUACACUGUGAUCUCAAAACUGACAUGAACACUAGUCAUUUUCUUUCUUUCCUUAUUCUUAAUCACUUGUUGGUGACACACAACUACGGUUAAGCCUUGUUCGAUGUUUACAGUGUUGCCAUCACCCUUGUCUGAGUGGAUAACUUUGUUCAGCAUUUCUUACUGAAAAUCACUUCUUUAAGACACCACUUGUUUAAAUUUGGUUGCUGCUUUGUACAUUUUAGCCAUAUUGCAAUGUACUGUUUUAAUAAACAAAGUUCU